CGCAAGCUCUAGGCAACAGAGACCCUGCCACGCUGCUCCAGCUCCCGGGCUCACAAGGGUUCCAGCAGCCGCGCUCCUGGAGACACCAGCCGCGCCGGGAUUCCAUUAGCAUCCGGCAUGAAUCGAAAGAAGCUGCAGAAACUGACGGACACCUUAACUAAAAAUUGCAAGCAUUUUAAUAAAUUUGAAGUGAACUGUCUUAUAAAGCUUUUCUAUAACUUGGUGGGGGAAGCAACAGAGCGACCAGGAGCGGCCACUGGACUAGAUCGCAAUGCAUUUCGGAACAUUCUGCACAUGACAUUUGGGAUGACAGAUGACAUGAUUAUGGAUAGAGUCUUCCGAGGUUUUGAUAGAGACAAUGACGGCAUAGUCAGCGUGACAGAAUGGGUUCAUGGAUUAUCACUUUUUCUUCGAGGAUCUUUGGAAGAAAAAAUGAAAUAUUGCUUUGACGUGUUUGAUUUGAAUGGGGAUGGCUUCAUUUCAAAGGAGGAAAUGUUUCACAUGCUAAAGAACAGCCUCCUCAAACAGCCAUCUGAGGAAGACCCAGAUGAAGGAAUUAAAGAUUUGGUUGAAAUAACACUUAAGAAAAUGGACUAUGACCAUGAUGGGAAGUUGUCUUUUGCAGACUAUGAGAAAGCUGUGAGAGAAGAAGCUCUUCUUCUGGAAGCCUUUGGACCAUGUCUGCCUGAUCCAAAGAGCCAGAUGGAAUUUGAAGCCCAAGUAUUCAAAGACCCAAAUGAUUUCCAUGAUAAUAUGAAUUCCUAAGUGUGUUUUGUUUCAAGUUAUUUAAACCUUAAAAAAAGUUAAUGAAAAAAUCCCUAAAUGAUGUCAGAGUGGCUUAGGAUGAUGCUUUCCCUUAACUGUAAGAACUCAGAGCUUCUGGAUGACCGACUAGAACAUUCCAGACAUCUGCUGCACUUCCUCAUAAUGUGCCCAAAGCAUGUCCUGCUGGUACUGUACGUACACUGUCGUAUUCUCUUGAUUUCACUACUGUAGCAACUCAUAAAUGACUUUAACGUGGACAUUCACUCCUUUGAUAAAAGGGCCAUCUGUGUACACACAGAGUUUGUACUUUUGGACCAUUUGUACUUUUGUACUUUAGGUUUGUUCUUUGAAGAACAGCUCUCUCCCUUCAGCCUGUUCGGGGCCUCACUUUCCUGCUGCUCAGCUUGGCCUGACUUCUCCUCCUGUAAGUACAGCCAAUAGAACCCAGGCACAGCUUUCUCUGGAGUGACUGAGUGGGGGUGGUGGACAGGCAGCUAUGAUUUGGAAGGCUGUCUGUUGCCUUCUUCUCACCAACUCCUCAAUACUUUGCCUUCCUCUUCACUCCAAAGGCAACAGAGAGCUGCACUGGGGACCUCUGAGAGAGGUACAUACCGCCCCUCAAGCAGCACAGAGAGAUUCUGUUGGGAAACAAUCAAGUGCUUUUUUUUUAACUACAGGAUUUAAAAACCACCCCUGAAAACUGGUAGUCCUGCAUUCUUAGCCCACAAAUAUCUCUGUGUACAAGACUCCACUUGCAAGAAACCAGGCCUGCAAUUGCUCAUACCAUAAAAUCAUCCCAAACAUUCACUAGGCUCCCACUCUGUGCCAUGAGGAGGAAUGUACCCUUCUCAGUCAUGGUACAAGAUGACAGUUCUGUGCCAUGUGUGGCUAAGUCACCACCCGUCACUGUUUGGGCUUGUUGUAGCAGCCCCUCUCCUCCCAGUAGAGUAACACGUAGUCAUGCAUAGUAACAUCAUUUUGAAUUGAAAACAAUUGAUAAAGGAAGUUAAAUGUGAAGACAAGCAUCUGGACAAAGCUCCUUGGAGCUGCUCUGAAUUCUCCAUACUUCCAGAUCCCGCAUCAAAAAGAAACAGCAGACAUGUACUUGUAUUUUCUGACGUAUUGAUUGCCCCCUCUGUUAGAAGCAGAUGAUCUUUAGAAGUGUUUUCCAGUCUUUAUUAUCACCAAAGAAGAAGACAAUCCAAAUCCAAGACGCCUCUUGUUAGAUGUACCUCAAGGAAUCUUGCUCAGUUUCGUGGGAGAGUAGAAAAGGAAGAGAAUGGAACGUAAGGUCUCUUGAAUGAAACCAGGCGUCCUGCUGCACUUGAAAUAACUUCAUCAGAGCCGUUGCUCUCUGCAGCAGUUAGCUGCUCACAGUUCCAUCCUCGGUAAUUUGUGGCUUUGUAUGUACCUCCCGCCUCCUACUUAAUCCACCAAGAAAAUAUUCCUCCCCCUAAGACACACAUCCUCUUGUUUAUUUUUGCCUCCCUCCUGCCUGCUCUGCUUCACAGUGCCCUUAUUAUGUGGCCCCAGCCAGGCUCACAGAGAGCUCCCUGGGGUAAAGGCUUGUCAGCUUAAAGGACAUUUGAAUAAAUUGAGUGAAAUACAGUCUACCCUCCCUUUAACCCAAGGUGCACCUUCCCACCUCCUGUCUGCAUCUCUAAAAUCUUUGCGUCAGUGAAUGGAGACCCUGAGCAAGCUGUCACUCAUGUAAGGACACUGCGCCCAUCCUGACAUGCAGCUCAGCGUGGCCAGAAGGAAGGAGAUUCAGAAGUGUCCUCUGUGAGGAGCAUUUGGAAUAUGAGUCACCGCCUUGUGGAGGAACCAUUAGCACAGGAGCACAGAACAGUCUAGAACACUAUUUAAAAUCAUUUGGUCAAGGUUUCUUUAAUGAAUCCUUUACAAUCAGAAAAUGGAAUAAAUCCACAGACUCUUAAUAAUGCAUAACACAGAAAUCCAAUGAGCACUGUUAUGCUAAGCUCUCUACAUAGAGCACCUUAUCAGUUUCUCACAACUAUCUUAACAGGUAGGCAUGAACAUGGUUUCCUAUUUUCAUCCUACCGAUUGAGGAAAUUUUUAGAAAAAUCAAGAAAGAUUUUCUGUGUCCCAGACCAGUAAAAAGCAAAGCUAAGCUUCAGGUCUUAUUUACUUCUAACACUGAAGACUUGUCCACAGCAACUUCUGUCCUUCUAGCCACAUAUCCCUGAGCACGAGUGAAAUAACUUCGUGCCCCAGGCUACCUGAAGAAUCUGCCAAUGGACGCUCAAGGCGAUGACCACCGUGAAAUGCUCUUGUGUUGUGAGUAAGACCACUGACACCUUUCCCUGUCCCCUCUUACUUAAAUACACCCUGGGAUUUUCUUCAGGGGAAAGUUUCAGCUUUCAUGUAAAGGCUUUCAUGUUCGGUACUAGUAGGAAUGUGGACAAGUGACCGGGACCUUGCUUCCCCAGGAGUCUAGGCGUGAUGAACUCCAUGCCUUGGCUAUCAGGCCGUCAAAAGCUGGUGACUCCAGGGCUGGUCAAGAAACUUCAGAGAUAGUGAAGGGAGGCUGAGGCCACUGCUGGCUUGUGAGAAGAACAGCAGAAAUUAGGUUACUCAAAGGGAGAAGGACAAGGAAUGUGCAUUUAAGCCAUCUUGAAUGGUGAAAGAGAAGGGUUUCUGUCUGGAGAAGAUGCCAGUUAUAAAAGGCCAAGUGAUCAACUGGCAAAUUCAAGAAAUUACGGUGAGGUGCUUCCCAGUUGCACAUAACUAGCCCAAGGAUCCAUAGCUGGUACGUGUGAUAGCAUGUAUUUGCUAGACCUGAAUCUGCAGCCAAGGCUUUUAACCACGUCCACCCCUGAUUCCCUCUCAUUGUCACAAGAUACCACAUGGCACUGUGCAGAUCACAUGCACUUUGGAAGUCUGAUAUAACUAAAAGUGAUUUAUAGAUUUGUGGGUGCUACAGUAUUUAACAUCCAGACUAGGAUGAUACUGAGAGUAAAAGAUUUUCACAGUUACACCUGAACAUGCAAUCUGGGGUGGUUUGAGGCAAAGCAGGAUGUAUGGUCACCCAUUUGCAUGCUAUAAAUUACCCUACAAAUUAUAAUUUUUUAUAAAAUUAUCUUGAAACCUGCUUUCUCUGCCCCUACUCAUUAGCUUUUUGUAAGAGAAGAAUGAAUAAAAUAAUGUCUACUAUGAUAUAGAUUCAUAGAUCACCACA